AUGUCUCACGUCCACUCCCCCCGCUCGACGUCCCGUCGCGGCGACGCCCUCUUCGCCCUGACGCGUCGAUACGUCGUCGUCUACGUCCUCGGGACGUUUGGUGAUUGGAUUCAGGGCGCCUACCUCUACGCCGCCUAUCGAAGGCACGGUCUGUCGAAGCGAACGAUAAGUGGGGUGUAUGUCUUAGGAUAUGGCGUCUCCGCGACACUGGGGACGGCGCUGGCGAGCGUCGGCGACAGGAGGGGACACAGGGUGAUGGUGAUGGCGUACGGGACGAUGUACGCAGCGUCGUGCGCGCUGAUGCGGUCGAACGCGAUGUGGGCGGUGUUAACGAGUCGGAUAUUGGGAGGUAUGAGUUAUAGCGUGUUGUUUUCAAACUUUGAGUCGUGGGUGAUCACGGAGGCGGACGAGAAGGGGAUCGAGAGACGUCGUUUGGCGAGACUGUUUAGUGUGGCGACCUUCUUCAACGCUGCUAGCGCAGUGGCGGCAGGAUUGGUCGCGAACGCCGUGGUCGAGCUCACAGAUACGAGACGACUGUCGUGGAUCGGGAUGGACGAUACGAGGUCGAAGUUAGAGCAGGAGGUGGACUUCGGGGAGAGCACUUUGGCGUCGUCAAGGAAUGUGUACUCUCCGGCGUUUGACGUGGGGGUGGUAUCGCUCUUACUGUGCGCAGCGGGAGCUAAGCAUCUGUGGCCAAAGUACGACUCAAGUGCCUCAAAUCCCUCUCUCAGCCCGUCGAUUUCGUCGAAGGAAACGGAGGGAUCGAGCAUACAGCGCGCCGUGCAGGUUAUUUUAGCAUCGCACGAUUUGUUGCGGCUUGGCUUUGCCAACUCCCUCUAUGAGGCCGCGCUUCAUCUCUUCGUCUUCGUCUGGACGCCCAUAUUAGAGCAACGUUCCGGAGAGGGGGUUCAGGUACCGCACGGCAUGAUUUUUAGUGGGUUCAUGGUGUGCAAAAUGUUUGGCAGCCAGGUGUUCCACAUACUCGAAUCGAGGUUGCUUCCGGAGAGGUUGCUCCGCAUUGUCCUCGCCUGUUCCGCAGUAGCUUUCUGUUCAGCCGUAGUAUUCACGCAUUACUGGUUCACUCUAGGGGUAUUCUGCGUUUUUGAGUUUGGGUUGGGUAUUUACUGGCCCGUCAUGGCUGUGUUACGGGCGAAGUACGUUCCUAACAAGAUGCGGGCGACGAUGACGAGUGCGUUCCGGAUUCCGCUCAACAUACUGGUCAUCGGGCUUUUGCUCAUCGCCAGUCGAGCCAGCGAUACGGUUCUGCUGAUGACUUGCGGUAUGAUAAUGGUAUCGAGUUACAUAUCAUUCGGGACGCAGGAAGCACACAUCGCCGCACCGGCGGUGGACGAUAUAGUCCCGCCCGCAGAUCAGCACAUCAUUUAG